AUGAGCGAGCUAGAGAAACUGAAAUACCAGGGAAAAGAACUAGAAAGAUGUUCAGAGUCAAUGGCUGAGAAGAAUAUUUCAGUGAUUCCCCACCUCGAAAAGCAAAACGAUCGUAUAAUAAAAUUGACAUUUGACCUGGCAUCAAACCUCUUCCAAAAAAACGUGACCAAUUCCAAAUGGGACACUAAAGUGUUGCAGGCUGUGCUGGAACUUCUUCGCCCGGAGCACACUGGCAUUUCUGAUCCAAGUCCACCCAUAGACCUUAUUAAGGGGGUCCAUGCCCAUUUUACGCAACUUGAGGAUCUUCUCUCACAUGAGAACUUCAGUAUGUGUGCCUGGGAGACGGUGCGGAUGCAGGUGAGGAUCACACUGCACAGAUUCCUCAUUCGUCUCCGCCAGCUCCGAGCCCGAAACCAGGGAAAGAAGGAAUAGAGGCUGGACUACUUCUCUCAUGGAUGUGGAAAAUCGCGUGUGUGGUUUAUUCCUUAAACUUACAUUUGAUAUUGUUUUCCCCCAAGAGGACCACAACAAAAAUCAACUGUUGCGACCAAAAGUCAAUAUUAGCCUGCCAGGUUUUCCUUUGCCUAUGUUUGGUCGUUCCUUUCUCUGAAUUCAAACUGUACAAAUGAGUUUGUUUUAUGUAGUCUUUAUAUUAAUUUAAUAUUUAUUAUUUAAAAUGGCAUAAUAA